UUCCCUUUCCCGCCUACCCUACAAACUCUUUAAAACCUUUCUCCGACGUGCCCAUUGCCGCAUACAUCCUUGUUGAAAGAUGAUGCGACCCUGGGACCCUUAAAUUCCCUUAUACCAUCCACAUCUACUUUAUCAACAAACUUCUGACCCUCCAAAACUAGGCUGUGCACCCACAGCAUCCUUCUGAUAUACUAUUGAGAACGCCCCAUCCCCCAAGUAUGGCUUCAACGAUGGAAGAGGAGAUUUAUCUUGCCAUGCAAGAUGUCUUCUCCAAAGAGUACGCCGAGAUCCGUCACCAAAAAGCCAUCAAACGCAGAAUCCACGCUUGCUUGGGCCCAGAAAUCAAAGCCCUGGACUUGAAAUAUACCCGGCCAGUCGUCGUCAGUACGUGCCAGGAGCUCCUUGGAAAGGAAGUCUUCGGAAUCAGAUGGAAAGCAGAGCAGCGGUUUCCUCAAUUAUUCCAACACCCGCCUUCACCACAGGCAGUAGCUACAUCAGAGAAUGCGCCAGAGUCGCCGGAGCCUAGGAGACAAGAGAUGGAUUGGAAGGAGAAGAUCGUGGCGCUCAUAGCUGAGAGAAAGGCGGAAAGGUUCUCUCGGCUGCAAGCUACUACUGCAAGCGACACCACGAGUGAUGCGGCGGGCAGCAUCGCCACGACAAGCAGCGACACCGCCAUCGCCGAGUCAACGGCAACAGUGACAGAGCGACAGCCACCUAUAGAGACCGCAACUUUUUCCGGGCUGCGCAACGCCUUCCUAUCAUACGAAGCCCAACACGCUCUCUUCAUAAGGAUCCAAAACCUUCUAGAGACAGCCUGCUUCGACUACGCGAGGCAGGCACACCCCAAGAUCCUGGAAGCAGGACAAUGGGAGUCGCCUGAGUGCGUUGAACUCCAGAAGUGGAUGUGGAUCUUCGAGAAUGAGGCGUUUCAUACAUUCCGGGCCGAGACGGCGCCCCUCCCGCAUACCGACUGGCACGCCUUCUUCAAAUCGAUCAAGCAGAUUCGGCACAAGGCCGUGCAUCGCGAGGUUCUUUGCGUCGCGGACGUAAAGGCGUAUUUUGCUAACGCAGAGAGCCUUGCGAAGCUGCUGCGGCAGGACGAGUGUCUCGCUAAGCUGGGUACUUUGAGGGAAGAGACGGAGAUGGUGCUGGCUAUUUCGGAGCGGAAGAAAGACGGGCUGGCGGUCAAGUAUCAAUUUAAAUUUGAUGAGAUUGAGGCGCGGAGGAAGGAGCUGGAUGAGCUUGAGAGGCGGACGAGGGAGGAGAUGGUACAGGAGCAUCGGAGGAUGCAGAGUGAUCUCGGGUAUGGUUUCAAGCUUGCUGUUGCGGAGAUCAAGGAGGCAGAGAUCCUAAGGAAGAGAGGGCAAGCGGGAGGGGAUAAGGAAGAAGGGGCGGGCUCUUGGAGACUUGUCGAUGGUUUCUGGAAUCUGGUUUCUGGCCGGUGAUCUUACUUUGGCGAAGUGCGUUGAGCACAUGGGUUACCAGGUCCUUCAGAUGGAAUAUAAUCAUAGCCGCAACGGGCAGAUGACGGGCACUUCGUAACUCGCAACGCAAUGAGUUGUUCGGAUCCAGUGGUAUCAUUGAAUCACUAUAUCAAGAGGCAUCAAUCGUUAGGAUCAAGAGAGGGCAUCGAUGUGUCUCAAAAAAGCUCCCGCCAAUCAGGGUUUAUUUACCGCCGUAUACCACCCCAAAGACGAGCAAUGAUGACCCUCUUUGUCGAACUCGUAGAUAGUCGUCAAGCUAUGAGUCCGCAGUCC